AUGGUAGCGGGCAAAGGUGAAAUCCUGACGUACUGGCUUGAGGGACAGGAUCCAAGCUACAAGAUCGACAGAAUCAAACCACCCAAACAAAACUUACCCGGCAAGAAGACCUAUGUGUACAAGGACUGGGCGUGGCACGUCAAGGAUACUGUUCAACUAGCUCCAUUCUUCGGAACUGGCAGAUACGUCGUUAACUUGUUGAACGCCUUGUACACGCUGUUCGACGCCAUCAUUUCCAACUAUGACGUCUACAAGGUUGAAACCAUUGGCGAUGCCUACAUGCUGGUCUCCGGCCUACCGCUUCGUAAUGGCAACCGUCAUGCUGGUAUGAUCGCCUCCGCUGCAUGGCAUCUGCUGGAGGGCGUUAGUAGUUUCAUCGUGCCGCACAAACAAGAGGAGAAACUCAAACUCCGAAUCGGUAUUCACUCAGGAUCUUGUGUGGCGGGUGUAGUUGGCCUGACCAUGCCUCGGUAUUGCCUCUUUGGUGACACAGUCAACACAGCGUCUCGUAUGGAGUCUAACGGACACGCGCUCAAGAUUCACGUGAGUCCCGAAUGCAGACAGGUACUGGAAGAACUCGGAGGAUACAAUCUAGUAGAGAGAGGACUCGUUGCCAUGAAGGGCAAAGGUGAAAUCCUGACGUACUGGCUUGAGGGACAGGAUCCAAGCUACAAGAUCGACAGAAUCAAACCACCCAAACAAAACUUGUAAACAUCUAGCAUUAUCCCAACAUCAUCUGCAACGGAAGUUACAAAGUCCACUAAAUAGCAUUCAGAUCAGCAAUUAUUUGUAAAGAGGCAAAAACCAUAACCAGCAAUCAAUCUGAGCCGGAAAUUAUACCACAGUGUGUGUAGGUCUAUUUGAAAAAGCUAACAACAAUUUCAAAUUAACACACAGUUUUGUGUUCACCAACAGUUUUGUUGUUCACGAGAACAGCUUUCAUUUAGCAACUUUAAGAAAAAAGGUUUAAUCGCACUUGUACAAUAUAACUUUGAUCAAGUCACUUAUUUUAAGUAUUUUGAAGUCGCAUUAUAAUCUAUUACCAUGUAGAAGUUCUAACAAAAAUGACAUCAAACAAUCUAACAAAUGUUUUCAUCAGACAAACACACUUUGAGUCGCUACUUUGCUAUUCAAACUUCACACAAAAAGACAUGUAUAUAACAUCAAAUAUUACUAUGUAAUCUGUAAUAUAUCAGUCUAGUUCAAGAAUCCAAAGUUGAAAGAAGGAGCAAGGCUUUGAUAGAUUUGUAACAAAGAUGACACUUCAAUUGUCAUGGUAUUGAUAAGAACAAAAUCAGCAUUGUUAUUAUACAAAAAAAGCGUGACUAUGAACGAACUUUAAAUUUACCUUUGUGUUAACUAAUGCAAUAUGAGGUAUGUAGCUGCAAAACGCAAAUAGUAGAAUGUGAGGACUCGGGUAUUAUUUACUUUUAUAAAUAAAGCUUUAGCAAUUUUGGACGCACAGAUUUUUAUAAAUUGGCAUAGAAGUAAGAUGUGUAACGUGAGAAUGUAUACAGCAAAAAAAAUAAAACCCAAUCAGACACUGGUGUAAAUGGAGGAUU